AUGAAAGGAAAGGAGCGAUCGCCGAUGAAAAAGCGCUCUCGGGCCUUGGAAGAGAUCCGAGACCGGGGAGGACCGUGUCUCAGCAGCAAGAAAAUGGGGGUCGUGUCGGUCUCCGGCGGCAGCAAUAACGGCACCAGCUCCACUAAAGCUGACGGCUCUACAAGGAGAAGUCUGAUGGGAGACAAACGAGACCGAGACUUCGAUGGCCACAGCCGGGUGGGUAAUAAUCACGGCUGCCCGGGGGUCGCCAGCUCCGUGGCCAAAGCCCACAGCCUGGCCCUGAGCACACGGGGGGAACCGCGCGUCCAGGCGCCCGCCGCAGAUAGUGAGUACAAGACUCUCAAAAUCAGUGAUCUGGGCUCGCAGCUCAGCGACGAGGACAUCGAAGACGGACUAUUUCACGAGUUUACCAAAUUUGGAGACGUCAGCAUUAAGAUUAGCCGCAGUAACGAUGAGCGCAUAGCUUUUGUAAAUUUCAGAAAACCAGAGGACGCACGCGCCGCUAAGCACGCUCGUGGACGUCUGGUACUUUACGAUCGGCCCCUGAAGAUAGAGCCCGUGUACAUAAACAGGCGGAGAUCCCGCUCCCCCGUGGAGAGAGAGCUGUAUGCAGCAGCCCCAGUACACAGACACAUGCAGAGGCCUCUGUCCCCCACAGGCCUCGGCUACAGAGACUACCGCCUGCAGCAGCUGGCUCUGGGACGCCUGCCCCCUCCACCACCGCCCCACCUCCCCAGAGAACUGGACCGAGAGCCAGAGUUCGCCCUGUUUGAGGCCAGGCGCCCCGCAUAUGUCCCAGAAAGAACUGCUUUUCGUGAAGAGGAUUUAAUAUCUCCAGAGGAUGACCAAAGGGCCAACAGGACAUUGUUUUUAGGGAACCUGGACAUUUCCAUCAAAGAGCCAGACAUAAGGAGGGCCUUUGACAGGUUCGGGGUCAUUACAGAAGUGGACAUUAAGAGGCCCAGUCGAGGACAAACUAGCACAUAUGGAUUUUUAAAAUUUGAGAAUCUUGACAUGGCCCAUCAUGCUAAGCUUAGUAUGUCUGGCAAAAUAGUAGGUCGCAACCCCAUAAAGAUUGGCUAUGGCAAAGCAACCCCUUCCACUCGCCUCUGGGUGGGGGGACUAGGAUCCUGGGUGCCUGUAGCUGCCUUGGCCAGAGAGUUUGAUCGCUUUGGCACCAUAAGAACAAUAGACUAUAGAAAAGGCGACUCUUGGGCCUAUAUCCAAUAUGAAAGUUUAGAUGCUGCACAGGCCGCAUGCACAAAUAUGAGGGGCUUCCCUUUGGGGGGUCCUGACAGAAGACUCAGAGUAGACUUUGCUGAAAAUGAGCAUCGUUACCAGCAGCCGUUCUUGCAGCCUCUUCCUAUUCCCCCGUUUGACAUGGUUGCGGAGUCAUUUGUCCACAGAGCCACCGCAGAACCUCUCAGGGUCCGAGAACGAACUCCUCCGCCUCUCCACUUCAGAGAAAGGGAGCUCUUUCCCGCCAAUGACUGGCCCAACCCUGCUUUUCGUGAAAGGGUUAGAGCCUCACCAUUUAGACCGUUGGACCACUUGGACCGAGAGAGGAGAGUGCGGGAGUCCUGGUCCCUGGAGAGAGAGUUGCAGAGCCGGGAACAAAACAGGAAGCGGCGUGCCAUGGAGGACGGGCGUCACUUAGACCACUCUCCCAACAACACUGAAAGGACAGCAAGGCGCAGGCGUGUGUCUCCAGACGGCAGCCCUGGAAGUAGCAGCAGAGAAGGAGAGCGCUUCAGUGACUCAGAGCGCCCUCUGCGGGUUGACAGACUCUCUCCAGCUCGAGAGCACCACAGCACUCUGGAGCGAGCCGGGACCGAACGCAGACUCAAAAGCCAAAACCUCUCUGAUAAGUCCAGCAGUGCGGCUCCUGUUGAACGUAAACGUAAAUCUGGCGAAGGCAACAAAAGCUCAGCCAAGCGGGAGCGCACAGACGGCUCCAAACAGGACAAACAGAGCCCUGUGUGGAGCGGCAUGCUGCUGCUCAAGAACAGCCACUUCCCUGCCCACAUGCACCUCCUGGAGGGGGACCGCAAAGUGCCCACUGACCUGCUCCUGGACGCCUCCUCACGAUCAGUGAGCGAGCUGAAGAUCACCCAACGCCUGCGUCUAGACCAGCCCAAACUCGACGAGGUCUCCCGACGGAUCAAGGUGGCCGGACCCGGAGGAUACGCCAUCCUGUUAGCAGUACCCGGCAGUACGGAGGAGUCCUCCUCUGAUGCUGCUUCAACUCAACGGCCUCUUCGCAACCUGGUGUCCUACCUCAACCAAAAGCAGGCUGCCGGAGUCAUCAGCCUACCUGUAGGGGGCAGUAGAGAAAAGGACAGCACAGGGGUCCUUCAUGCUUUCCCUCCCUGUGAUUUCUCCAAGCAGUUCCUGGAUUCCUCUGCUAAAGCUUUGUAUAAAAGUGAAGAGGACUAUUUAGUCAUGAUUGUGGUUCGAGGAGCAUCUUAA